GGCUCUGCGACUUCCGCUCGGGACCUGGAAGACCGGAAGUGUCGCGUUGCCAUGGCGAGGCCGGCGCGGGGCCCGCCCCCGCGGCGCCUGAAGGAGCGCGGGGCCGCCUGGCCCGCCGCGGGGCCGGACUGAGUGCGCAGCCUGCGGGCCGAAGGUGUAUGUGGCUGCCCAAAGGGGAGGCUCCCCUGAAGACACACUGACAGGCGCCCUGUGUCCUCUGUACCCUGGCUGCCUAGGGCUGACCUUAUGUGGCCCCCCUCAUUGGUCCUGCUGUGCCGACUGGAGCACCAUCAGGAGGGUGCAGGCAGGGCCCGGCCAUGACUGCUCCUUGACCCCAGCCAGGCUCCUGAGGCCUAGAAAGAGCAGAAGUUCCAAGGGGCUCUCAGGACCCACUGUGGAUUGGCCCUCCCUCUCCCUUGGCAAGCAGCCCUGUGGGUAGACACCCCCGACCAUGGCUGAGCACCUGGAACUGCUGGCAGAGAUGCCCAUGGUGGGCAAGAUGAGCACCCAGGAGCGGCUGAAGCAUGCCCAGAAGCGGCGUGCCCAGCAGGUGAAGAUAUGGGCCCAGGCUGAGAAGGAGGCCCAGGCCAAAAAAGGCAGUGGGAAGCAGCUGCAGAAGGAGGCAGCUGGCCGAGAGCCCCCGAAGCAAGUUGUCUUCCCUCCCAGUGUUGUCCUCCUGGAAGCCGCUGCCCGAAAUGACCUGGAAGAAGUCCGCCAGCUCCUCAGGAGUGGAGUCAGCCCCGACCUGGCCAAUGAGGAUGGGCUGACAGCACUGCACCAGUGCUGCAUUGAUGAUUUCCGAGAGAUGGUGCAACAGCUCCUGGAGGCUGGGGCUGACGUCAAUGCCCGUGACAGCGAGUGCUGGACCCCCCUGCAUGCUGCAGCCACCUGUGGCCACCUGCACCUGGUGGAGCUUCUCAUUGCCCGGGGWGCUGAUCUCCUGGCAGUCAACACUGAUGGGAACAUGCCGUAUGACCUGUGUGAGGAUGAGCAGACACUGGACUGCCUGGAGACUGCCAUGGCCAACAGGGGCAUCACCCAGGACAGCAUCGAGGAGGCCCGGGCAGUGCCAGAGCUGCUCAUGCUGAAUGACCUCCAGAGCCUUCUGCAUGUUGGAGCUGACCUCAAUGACCCGCUGGACCAUGGAGCCACACUGCUGCACCUGGCCGCCGCCAGUGGGUUCAGUGAGGCAGCUACCCUGCUGCUAGAGCAUGGAGCCAGCCUGAGCGCCAAGGACCUAGACGGCUGGGAGCCACUGCACGCUGCCGCCUACUGGGGACAGGUGCACCUGGUGGAGCUGCUUGUGGCAAACGGGGCCGACCUGAAUGGGAAAUCCCUGAUGGAUGAGACACCCCUUGAUGUAUGUGGUGAUGAGGAGGUACGGGCCAAGCUGCUGGAGCUGAAGCAGAAGCAGGAUGCACUCUUGCGAGCUCAGGGCCGUCAGCGCUCCCUGCUGCGCCGCCGCACCUCCAGUGCAGGCAGCCGCGGGAAAGUGGUGAGGCGAGUGAGCCUGACCCAGCGCACUGACCUGUACCGCAAGGAGCAUGCCCAGGAGGCCAUCGUGUGGCAGCAGCCACCACCCCCAAGUCCAGAGCCGCUGGAGGAGGAUGAGGACCAYCAGACAGACGCAGAGCUCUGGCUGCCCCCCCCAGAGGAAGAUGACCCUGAGGKGGCCAGGUCCCACAAUGGCCGAGUAGGGGGCCCCCCAGGGCGGCACCUGUACUCCAAGCGGCUGGACCGGAGUGUGUCGUACCAGCUGAGCCCGGUGGCGAGUACCACCCCAGACACCCUUGUCCGGGACAAGGCCCACCACACCCUGGCCGAACUCAAACGCCAGCGAGCUGCUGCCAAGCUCCUGCGACCACAGCCUGAGGGGCCUGAGGGGCCUGAGGGGCCUGAGGGGCCUGAAUCUGGCUUGUCUGCUGACCCUGUGUCCUCCCAGCCGGACUGCGGCUUCAGGGCAGGUGGGGACCCACCCCUGCUCAAGCUCACAGCCCCAUCUGAGGAGGCCCCGAUGGAGAAGAGGCCCUGCUGCUUGCUCAUGUGAGGGGCUGUACCCAUUUCCAGGCCAGCCCGAGGCUUGCCCUGGAGGCCCACUCUCAGGGUGUGCCCUGGAACUGCAGGUGGGCAGACACCAGAGUCUUCCCCAGCUUCUGCCCCUCAGGACAGUGGACUCUCUGUUGGGGAUGGACUUUAGGCAGAGCCGUAUCUGCAGGCAUCUGCUGCAGAGUGUUUGUCCUGUGACGCUUGAUAAAGGGGUGUUUGUCGUCAAGCCUUCCAGUGUCUCCGCUGGGGAGGGGCAGGUGGUGCUGCUCUACAGGUGCCGCCCAUGCCCACGAGCACUCAGGCCUCUCCCAAGCCUGGACCCUGCUGCCCCCACCACCACCUCUGGGCCUGCCACCUCCUGAGCCACCU